AAUCCCUUGUUCAAGGGAUCAAAGACGGGACGCAUUUAUUUAACAUCCCAUCGCAUGAUUUUCAACAGCAAGAAAUCGGCAGAUCCACUGAAAUCCUUCAGUGCACUGUUCGUGGCGCUCUCCGAUGUUGAAAUCGAGCAGCCGGUCUUUGGUGCCAACUACAUAAAGGGAAAGGUACGUGCCCAACCCAAUGGCAACUAUAUCGGCGAGGUAAAGUUCAAAUUGCACUUCAAAGCUCGGUUGCGUGCCGCCAAGACCGCCAUGAACGACUACCAUCGCGGUGGUCUGCCUGUUGACGAUCCUCCGCCAUAUGCCCCAGCCGGCGCAUUGCACGAGGCGCCUCCACCGGCAUAUCAGCCACCACCCGGUUACUAUGGUUGGCUGCCGCAACAUGAUGCAUUCAUGUCACCUGCACCUCGUUUCAUUAUAUAUUCGAUAGCACCACCUGCCAAUCAGCCAGCACCACAGCCGCAGCAGCAGCCGCAGCCAUCUGAACCCACUUGGUAUGGUUUUUUCAGUGUUAAUGAGGUGAACUGCCCUCCCUACCAUGGUCAUUCCUUACCAAAACAAUAA